AUGAAAACUGGACAUUUUGAUAUGUCAAAUGUCUUUCACCAUGCUAUCAAGGGAAAGGAUGAGAAUGACAAUGAUGUCUAUCUUAUUCCAUGUCCUGCUGGUACGACAAAUGUCAAACUUCAAGCCGACUGGCACUAUGCUAGUGAAAACAAAGAUUUGCCUGAUCUUGCUACUGAAGCAGAUCAAGGUCUGCAGUUUAUUCAAAGCCGCAGAAAGGAACAAGAUCCAUUUGGGUUGUACGAUCAUGUCAUCAUGGACAGUGGUUGUACAAACACCACCAUUUGUAAUGAUGAGCUUAUGCAUGGACUCCGUCACGCUGAGAAAGAACUUGACAUGCACACUAACGUGGGCAGCAGAGUUCUAGAGGAAGAAGGUUUUCUAGGAAAAUUUCCACCUCCAGUUUAUCACAAUGAAGAUGGAAUUGCCAAUGUACUUGCUAUGCGCAAGAUGAUUGCUGCGGGAUACCGCAUUACUAUGGAUACUGAUACUGACAAUGCUUUUAUUGUGCAUUGUGAUGGAAACAGAAAGAUGCGAUUUGUUAAUCGUAAGGGUGUGUAUGUGUUGGAGCAACUUGGAGCGAAUGUCGAACCAGGUGCCAAAGAGACAAGUGCGAUGUACCGUCGCCAGUUAAACAACUUAAAUAAUCAACCCCAUUUCGAACUUUCUUCAAACAGACAGAAUGGAUAUGCUGGACUCGAGAUGACCUCCAAGAUGGCAACCGUUCGAAAGAACAAGGAAGGAUUCACUCCAAGACAAGUCAAGGCUGCAAUGGAAGCGAGAAGUGCAAUGCACAUACUCAAUGCUCCAAGCACCAAAAGUCUGAAGUAUGCGAUCCGAUCUGGUCUCAUCAAGAACUGUCCUAUCACUGAAGAAGCGAUCAAUCAUGCCGAAGCAAUCUUUGGACCUGACGCCUCUACAUUGAAAGGCAAGUCAACAAGACCAACUCCGAAGAAGACAUAUGACGACUUCUUAAGUCCACCAGCGGAAUUAUAUCAGCACAAUCGAUCUAUUACUGUCUGUAUUGAUCACAUGGAGAUCGAGAAUGCUAAGUUUCUCACCUGCAUUGAUACCACUGUGUGUUAUCGCUCAUGUAUUCCUGUGCAGAACCUGAAGACUGACCCUGUAUUUGAAGCAUUGGAUAAGAUAUUCUGCCGCUACAACAAGGCAGGCUUUCAAGUGAAGAUCAUCAAGUGUGAUCGGGCGUUCAUUCCUCUCACGGAUGAUAUGCUAGACAAUAUGGGUGUUACUAUUGACCCGACUGCAGCUGGAGACCACGAGCCUACCGCUGAGCGAAACAAUAGGAUGUUGAAAGAAAGAGUCAGAGUAGCUCUUGCACGCUUACCCUACAAAGUGGUCCCAAAAGUGAUCACUGAAUGUCUUGGACGUCGAGCCGCCAAGUUAUUGAAUGUCUUUCCCCAGAAAGACAGUAAGUAUCUCAUCACAUUUCAGUCCGCAGCAACUCAUUGA